AAUUUAGGAGGCCAAUCUGAGCAUGGAAACCAAGCUUUGAAAGAAUCUAGCAAAGAAGGGGUAUCGACAUUUCCUCAAUUGAUCUCUUGCCUUGAGAGAGACAACCCACCAGUAGACGGUUUCAGAGACGCCAAAGGCGACGUUCGACGACGUGAUUCCCAGCAAAAUUCCAUGGCAGCUGGUAGUGGAGAGGGCAUGUGCGGCACCCGCAUUGGAGAAGGCAUGGGCGACACCCAUUUUGUUCUAGGUUACGACUAA